AGAUCUAGUUGCUGGAUUGCUGCUUGGCGAAAUAGAAUCAAUUGGACUUGAAUAUGGGGUCUUGGUUCAGUCAGUGCUGUUCUUCUGGAAGUGACAGACCAAGUAGCACAUAUGUUGCUGAUAUUCGAGUAUUGGAUCACAGGCAAUGUAACAUAAUAUGGAGACAAGUACAACCAGUUGUGGGUGAACUUACUGUUGCUGAUAUACAUUUAGUACGUGAUAAUGGAAGACCUUACCGUUGCUCAAGCACAGAUGUCUUCAAAGCUCAUGUUGUUGAUACUACAACCAACCAAGAAGUGAAUUGUGUUAUUGAACCAAGUGGAUCACUGGUUGGACGCUCACAAGUGACCAUCUCAUUUACUGCCAGAGUUUCAGGAGAAUAUUUGGCAAAGUUUAUGAUGAAUAAACAAAUAUUGGGUAGAAAAUGGAGAAUUGUUUAUCCUGAUAUUUUAGAUCACAGACAAUGUAAAGUAAUAUGGAGACAGUUACAAUCAGUUGUGGGUAAACUUAAUGUUGCCGAUAUAGAAUUAGUAUGUGAUAAUGGGAGACCUUACACUAUUAAAGGCACAGAUAACUUCAGAGCUUAUGUUGUGAAUGCCCAAAGCAACCAACCUGUCAAUUGUGUUAUUGGAAAAGGCACAUCACUAGUUGGAUGCUCAUUAGUGACUGUCUCAUUUACCAUUAACACUUCAGGAGAGUAUCUGGCAAAAUUUAUGAUUAAUGGAAUCACAUUGGAGAAAGAAUAUAGACAAAUAAUUCAAGCUGGUCCCCCUGAUAAAACUAAAACUGUUUUUGAAUUAAAAACAGCAAAUCUUAUUAUGAAGUGUGAAACCUUUUUUCCGAUUGUCAUGACACCUAAGGACUCUUAUGGAAAUAAUGCUACCCUCCAUGAAGCUGAGAUAGUGUUUGAAUCAAAAAAAGAUAGUAAUGAUGCUCCUUUAGUUGAUGUGUGCUACAAUGUUAGCAAAUUGGAUGAUGAAGAGAAAUAUGAGAUCCUAGUUAAACUUGAAAAACCUGGCUAUUAUCACUGCAGUGUUAAGUAUAUGGACAAGACACUAAAAACUAUUAGUGCUAUUGUUUUAACAGAUAGAGAUACUGAGAGGAUGGAAAAAAAUUGUAAUGAAUCGUCAUUUCACACAGGUUAUAAUUGUAAAUUGAUGAAAGGCAAAAAAACUAAAGACAAACUGUGCUUUAUAUCACCCACAAUUCUUCAAGUCCAUCCCACUAAAUUGAAACUAUUUUCUAAAAAGUAUACUUUUAAAGUCUGUCGUAGUACACAGCUCAUUAUGCAGUCGACUCCAGAGAUGUUUACUAUUGAUGAUGGUGUUACAUCAUUUACACUUACUUCUCCUGACAGAGAAUUGAUUGCUGCUAUUUAUUACUAUUUUAAUGAGAAAAAAUUUGAUAAAUGUGGAAUUUCAUUUCAGGACAAAAAGAAAUAUUUCCAGGAAAAACUAAUGAUGAAGAAUGAUGAUGAUGAUGAUGAUGAUGAUGAUGAUGAUGAUGAUGAUGAUGAUGAUGAUGAUGACAGACGACAAAUUGUCAUAAAUGUUAAUAGAUCUCAAAUUUUGGAAAGUGCCAUGAAUGUUACUAUGCAUCUUUCAAAAGAUGAAUGGAAAAAAGAUGUUUUUGUGAAAUUUGAUAGUGAAAAAGGUAUUGAUUGUAGGGGCGUAUCAAGAGAAUUUUUUAAUUGCUUAUGUGACGUCAUGUUCAGUGGAAGAAACCCUGAUGGGCUCUUCAGAGCUUUUAAAGAAAAUGACAUGCAAUCCUUAGUACAUCCCAAUCGUGAUAAAGAAAGAAAUGAGCAUUAUGAUUUGCGUUAUUAUUAUUUUGCUGGGCUAAUUGUUGGCAAGUGUCUAUUUGAGACUGCAAAGGGUAAUACAUUACUGGUGAGGGCAAAAUUUACACGAUCCUUUCUUGCUCAAAUCAUUGGAUUGAGAUUAACCUGGAAAUACUUUGAAACUGAUGAUCCUGAUUUAUACAAUUGUAAAAUAAAAUGCAUCAAAAAUGGCAGCAUAUCUGAUCUUGGCAUGGAUCUUACAUUUGCAGAGGAAGAGUAUGAUGGUAGUUCAAUGAAUCCCAGGUUAGUACCAUUAGUUUCUGGUGGUGCUAAAAUUCCUGUGACUGAAUCAAACAAAAUUGAUUACCUCAAUAAAUUGGCAGAACACAGGCUGAGAGAUCGUGUUUUAAAAGAAAUAAAUGAGUUCAUGAAAGGACUAAACCUUUUGGUACCAACUGAAUUAUUUAGCAUUUUUGAUGAGAAUGAGCUUGAGCUUUUAAUGUGUGGGCUUCAAGAAUUGAGUGUACAAGAUCUUCGCCUCAACACUAAUAACAAUGUCAGUGGACAGACUAUUGAGUGGUUCUGGACAUCAGUAGAUCAGUUAUCUCAGGAAGAAUUUGCCAGACUUGUACAGUUUGUAACUGGGAGCUCUCAAGUUCCUGUUGGAGGAUUUGCUGAGCUGCAACCAAAAUUUACCAUUUUACUUAGUGGAGAGACAGGAAAUCGAUUACCUUAUGCUCAUACAUGUUUCAAUCAACUCUGUCUUCCUGUGUGUGAAAGUUAUGAGCAGUUCAAUAAUGUUCUGAUGACUGCCAUUAGAGAAGGAGCUGAGGGUCUUUUGAUGGCAUAAUUUUCAA